GGAGGAGGAAGGAGAGGAAGAAAAACCAGAAAAAGAAGAAAAAUCWGAAAAACCAGAGGAGGAUGAAGCGCACGGUGCCCCGCGGCACUUUGCGGAAAAUAAUGAAGAAGCACAAGCCGCAUUUACGCUUGGCGGCGAACUCCGACCUGGUGAUUCAUUUGAACUUCUUACUGUUUCUCCAUCGGCUAGCAGAAGAAGCCAGGACAAAUGCUUUUGAGAGCAAAAAUAAGAUAAUUAAACCUGAGCACACCAUAUCUGCAGCAAAGGUUAUUUUAAAGAAAAGCAGAGGCUAGAAAGCAGACCACUGGAACUUUAAAGCACAUUUUUCAACGUUUUCUAAGUAACGAGUAAGCUCUGAGCCGGCUUGAGCACUUGUGGAACUACGUAGUUUGUUGACAUCUGUCUCUGGACUGACUGGCUUGCUUUUUCUUUAAAAAAAUAUAAAGAAUCUUACAAUGUAUAUUUUCAUAUGCUUUAUGCUUAAUUUUAAAGUGUGCGUCACUUAUCACUUAAGAUUUUUUGAUGUACCUUACUUCUUUCACAAUGAUGGAGGGAUGCUUGUACCAUAGAUACUCUUCAGGUACAGUGUGGCAUUUGUUAUUAAAAGUGUGAAACUUCUUAAGGAGAGCUGUAGUUAAAAAAAAUGGUUUUCACUACAUCCAAUGUAGAUUGUGCAGUUCAGAGCAGAUUUAUUUGUUAAACAAAAUUAUGGCUUUCAAAACAAUMACUGUAGAAACAAGUGUAUUAAAUACCUUUUCUUCAGUUUAUUUAUAAAUGUCUUAAUAAUUUUAAAAUUACUUUGAAAAGUAGGUUAAAACUUCUGUGUUCUGGGAGAAGAAUACAUAGUUGGUAUUUUGAAUCAUACUCCAAACUCUUAAGCCAGCCCGUUGUUUGAUGUGGUAUAUGAGACAACUUGGUGGUCUGUAAUUCAGUUGGUGCAGACAGAUGUAUGGUUUAUGGAAAAGAUCUGGCACAGCUGAUGUUUUCAAAGUUAGAUCUUGUAAAAAUAACCGAGAUAAGUUGGUACUAGUGCCAAGCUAUUUCCUUCCCCCUUCUGAGUGUCAUGCUAACUUGUCAGAAGUCUGGAAAUGUACAUUAUAUAAAAAUGUCUUCUUAAAUUAAGGUCAUUUCUAUUCCUAUUCUGGUAUUUGUAAUCAUUUACUGAACACUUUGCUCGAUGAAUAUAUUAAUGAUGUUAUAGUUGAAUCUCACAGUUUGAGUUGAUAACACAGUUUUUAGUUGAUCCUGAUAUGCACAGUGAGCUAUUCUUAAAAUAAAGUAUCUUUAAAGGCAUUAUGUAUUAAGUAGUUUAAUUUUGUUUGACACCUUACCAAAUAUAUUGUAGAAACUCAGAAAAAAAAAUUUGUGUUUUAGAACUAUUUUUGUGGGCUAAACAAACUGUAGCAAUGCCGGUACUUUUAAUUUCAUAUCAUGUUCAUGUACUUUCUAAAAUCCUGUAUAACCAUUGAAAAGUUAUCCUCUUCCAAUAUGCAGAAAGGAAGGAAGGUUUACUCUCCUGCUUUAUUUGACUCACAGAACUUAGUUCAGUCAGCUUCUUGUAAGGGUUGACCAGAUUCUUUAUUCUGCGCUUUCUUCUCUUAUUGCCUUGGAAUCCACAAAGAAGGCCAAUAACAUACACAUGUAGAGGAUAUUUUGACUUAAUAAUCUGAAGUACAUUCUCAGGAAUAAGGAAGAUCUGACUUGGUAUUUAUAUUUUUAUUUGUAAUUACUGUCUUUGAUUUAGCAAUUUUAUUGCAACAUAGAUUUUCCUUAGUUGGAAAUGUUUUCUCUUAAUUUUCCCUGAAGUAUUUUCUUACAGUCUUGUAUAACCACAYACCUUUCCUCAUUGUACAAUUGUUUGAGUGCUAUAGCUUCUUUUGGAAGUUGUUUUGAUGUCCRCUUUAACUUUCUUUUGAUUUUCCUAGGAGCAAGAUCCACUCUGAGCUUAGUGGAAUAUUCUCAUUCUCAUGUAGUAGAUUGAUUGAUGAUCAGUUGCCAUUGGGGAAGAGAGUCAAGGAAGGGUURAAACUAACCACAGUGUACUUUUAAAACAUUUUAUGCAGUGGUUUUGGCCUGUAUUCAUGGUUAAGAAGCUGCCUCUUUUUAAUAGGAGAGGGACUUUUGAUAAUACAUUGUGAAUGUUUUGUAAUAGCUGGAGCAGGCAGGUAUUAAGAAGACCUGGRUAGCUUGGCAGGUAUUCAGGUUUCUCUCCUAAACUUCAAAUAAAUACUCAUUGAAAAUUAAUGAGGCUGAUGUAGUGGGCUUAAGCUUUUAGAAAUAUAAAAUGGUAUUUUUUUUUUAGUAUCUUCUUUGAAUAUUCACCAUAAGGUUAAUCAUAUUCCUAUAUGGCUGGUCUUCUAUUCUGCUUCAUUUAUAUACCUGGAGUCUCUUCUCUACACAGUAUUACUGGAUUUUGAAAAUUAAAAUUCCUUACAGCAGUAUUGUCUAAAUAYCCAUUAAAACUUACAAUUAAUAUAAACUCAGAGACUAUAGUGGUAAUUUAUUUCUGUUAUGUCUCUGUUUAAUGACAAAGCAACAAAGCAUGUAGUUCUACAAAAUGGUUUUUUAAACURGAUCUGUACUAGAAGGCCAAAUGAAGUUGUUUUCUUUUAUUUGAAUUCCUGUGUUGAUUCUUUGUCGUUAGGAGGAAAAAAGCGAGGAUUAUUGUGGGAACAGCCAUGGUAAUGCUCAGUUAUUUUCAUGAAAUUGAGAAAUUUAUAGUUCUGAAACAAUUGAUUCAAUAUUGAAUUUCCUCUGGUUUUAAACAUAAGAUUUAAGAGAUUUUUUGGAAGGAGAGGUUCUCUGACAGUGCAAUUAAACUCCUCAUUUCCUCAGAAAGCAGGAUAGAAGUGCAAAAAAGUUAAAGGCACGCUAAGAUCCAUUUUUUUCCAUUCUCUUUGCUUCGCAGGUUUCUCUAUAUUCUGUUUCACAUCCUACCCCACCCUUUCACUAUGACCAUCAAUGAAAGGGGGUAAUGUAAUGAAGAAAUAGAAUUUGGUAAAAGUACUUCUAGUAGCCUUUGUCUUGGUUUUCUGCUUUUGACGUAGUUAGUGUUAGUCCCUGGGCCAGGAUGGUAUCAUAAUUGAUUAAGCCACAAAAGAGGACGGAAAAUGUUUAUUAACCAGCUGAUGACUAUGAGGGAAGAGAGUGGUGCUGCUGCUUUUUUUGUUUCAUCUCACUUAUGGAGUGACUGGUGAGAGGGGAUCUGCUGUUUGCCUACCUGAGUAAGUCUUCUGSUGGGGAGUAUGCCCUAUUCCAGCUCAUACAGCAUUUUUCUUGCAAGAUAAGUGAGCAGAGAGGAGAGUUGUGAAAGCUCUAAAACUACAUUUGUGURUACUGUGCUUUUAUUUUGUAGAGCAUGGAAGUUUAAUAUUUUCUGAAUGGUAUAAAUCACCUGAUUUAUUAGAUUUACAACUUCUUAAAAAGUGUGAAUAUUAAGAAGGGUAUGACAGUGAAAUAUGAUCAAUGGACCUAACUCCUAAUGGUGUCAACAGGAAUAAUGAACUUUGAUGGGUCAGGCCCCAAAUAUUCACUGUUCUAUUUGAAUGUAAAGUUGCAUCUGUUGCUUUGAGUCAGAAAAYCAACCUAGGUGCUUGAGAGGACAUUCAUGACUUGGAGUUUCAUUGUGCUUUUAUGUGGAGAAGUGAGUGACUGCCAAAAAAUAAUCUUAAGUUUCAUGGUACGAAUAGUGUUUUCUGAUUGUAGUCAUACAGUAAAAGAAUAAUAAAUAUAGAAAUAUGUAUACUGUAAUAGAAAAAUUCUUGUUCUAGCCAUAAGGUGGGGAUAGAGCAAAAACUCUCUUUUUUCCCUGUGGUAACUUUCCAUUAGAAAAAGUAUUCUGUUUCUUCCUACUAAUAAAUAUGCUGUAGAUUGUGACACUUUCAGAUAUUUUUUGAAGACUACCAAGCCGACACUGCUAACAUAUGUAGGGCAAUUAAUGUUAAAGAAAAGAAAUCCCAUUCACAUAAAAAAUCAUGUUCUCCUGAUCCAUGCUGAGAGGGUGAAACAGAUGCAAAAAUUUUAAGGAUCAUGAAGAUUUUAUUUAAUUCAAAGCUUAAUGUUUCAGUAUCAUGUAAUUUUCUUAAUUAGAGGUUUAUGACCAUUUGUACAACAUAGCCUCAUUUUUAAAAAUUAGUAUGUUCUAUGUGCAGUUUUAUGAAGGAAAUUCUCACACAAGACUUUGCUUAUUUAGCAGCCUUAACUAUGAAACAUGCAGCUUGUAUUGUCUGACUUGCUGACUCGGCAUUCCGUUAGUCUUUAUCAGCUUAGAGCAGCCAAUGAUAGGGCAUGUAACUCCUAAAUGCAGAGUGCUGAGGUGUCUUACGAUUAUGUACUUACGUGUGACUUGUAUUUCAAAUAAAAAUGCUGAUUACAUUAAAUCACAAUUCCUUUUUCCAGAGCUGUGAAAUACUUGUCAAAUUCAAGUUCAUUAGAAUGUUUCAAAGUGAUAUGUGUUGUUGUUUUUCAGUUCAAUACGUAUAUUAUCAUAUGCAAUGUAUUUGUAUUGGCAUUUAGAUUCCUUGAUAUGUUUUAAUGGCACUUUAAAAUGGUAAUGUAGCUGCUUUGAUAGCUUACUUGGAUAUGGUAAAAGAACAUAGUGGAACAAAUUUCUUUUGUGUUUGAGUAGUUCAGUUCAAGGCUGAGAAGAUGCUKAUGGCAUUUUUGUUGUGCUAAAUACAGAAUUGCAGCUUUUUGAGGAAAUUGAAGAGUCUUCCCAUCUGACAGUUCAUGGUUCUGCAGACAUAAUCAGUUGAAAAUCAUUCAUUUACUAUUUGGUGAACGAUAUUGGGGGUUUGUCAGUUUCUUUACAGUCCACAUCCAUCAAAUUUACAUGGGCUUUGAUACAUAAUAUUCUUCUGUGGGCUGGGUUGUUAAUGUUWUCCUGACCAAACUGCUGAAAGAUCUUUUCAGGUCAUUUGAUAMCUGUAAGAUCAAGUUUCUUACUGAGAAGGUCACUUUCGUGGGGGAAUGAUUUCAGGGCAUGAAGAACGUGGUGGAGGGUACAAAAACACCUAAACAGCCCUAAAGUAACUUCUGUUUAAAAAAAAAAAAAAC